AUGUCAUCUAGGAGAUUUGAUCAAAUAUUACGAGCCAUUUAUGUAUCAGAUAUUGAGACAAAAAGGGAGAAGAAGAUAACUGGUUGUAUUGAAGCUCUAUCUGAGAACUUUCGUCGUGUAUAUGGUCCUGGCAAAGAAUUAUCGUUAGAAGAAUCUCUAGUUUUAUACAGGGGUAGACUAUAUUUCAGGCAGUACAUAAAAUCUAAGGCUCGUUAUGGUAUAAAAUUUUAUAUCCUAACCAGUGCAAUAGGAUAUGUUCUGAAUAUUAUUAUGUAUUGUGGUAAGGGCGAAGAUGAUAAUACGUAUGGGAAGAAAACCGAACAAAUAGUUAUGAAACUGCUGGAACCAUACUUGAUGAAAGGUCAUCACGUAUUCAUCGAUAAUUUUUAUAAUGAUGUCGAUUUGAGUCAGAAAUUACUAGAGUUGCAUACCCACACCAAUGGCACACUUCGUUAA